AUGAUCCCUUGUGGCAACUCGCCAAGCGGUUUGUUGCAAGCUAAAGGAGGCCAUGCGUCACUCUCGAACUCCCCCUCCACUGUUCUCACUACAGCCUCCUCCUCGGCCGGAGGGCAGAAUCAGGCUUCCAACAGUCCCUCCGCCGGUGGUGUUGCCAUCGCUACGGCUCCGGCUACGCCUUGUGGAGCCUCAGAUCUCUCUGUCAGCGCCAACGCAGCCUCCGUCUCCUCUUCCUCCUCUGCCGCCGUUGCUACUGCCUCGGUUUCCAACACGUCUCCAGGCAAGUAA